AUGGAGCAGCCCGAGGACAUGGCGUCGCUGAGUGAGUUCGACUCCUUGGCGGGCAGCAUCCCGGCCACCAAGGUGGAGAUCACCGUGUCUUGCAGGAGCCUCCUGGACAAAGACAUGUUUUCCAAGUCUGACCCACUGUGCGUCAUGUAUACUCAAGGCAUGGAGAAUAAGCAGUGGCGGGAGGUGCGCAAGUUCAUCGUGGAUUAUUUCUUCGAGGAGAAGCAGAACCUCCGCUUUGACCUAUACGACGUCGACUCCAAGAGCCCCGAUUUAUCCAAACACGAUUUCCUGGGCCAGGCCUUCUGCACCCUUGGAGAGAUCGUGGGGUCCCCUGGGAGCCGCCUGGAGAAGCCCCUCACUGGUGUCCCAGGGAAGAAAUGUGGCACCAUCAUCCUGUCCGCUGAGGAGCUCAGCAACUGUAGGGAUGUCGCCACCAUGCAGUUCUGUGCCAACAAGCUGGACAAGAAAGAUUUCUUUGGGAAAUCCGACCCCUUCUUGGUGUUCUACAGAAGCAACGAGGACGGAACGUUCACCAUCUGCCACAAGACCGAGGUGGUGAAGAACACCCUGAACCCUGUCUGGCAGACCUUCUCCAUCCCCGUGCGAGCCCUCUGCAAUGGGGACUAUGAUCGGACCAUCAAGGUGGAGGUGUACGACUGGGACCGGGAUGGCAGCCACGACUUCAUCGGGGAGUUCACCACCAGCUACCGGGAGCUGGCCCGUGGGCAGAGCCAGUUUAACAUCUAUGAGGUGGUAAAUCCGAAAAAGAAAAUGAAGAAAAAGAAAUACGUGAAUUCUGGCACAGUCACCCUGCUUUCCUUUGCUGUGGAGUCAGAGUGUACCUUCCUUGACUACAUCAAAGGAGGGACCCAGAUCAACUUCACGGUGGCCAUCGAUUUCACUGCCUCCAAUGGAAACCCCUCGCAGUCCACGUCCCUGCACUACAUGAGCCCCUACCAGCUGAACGCCUACGCGCUGGCACUGACCGCCGUCGGGGAGAUCAUCCAGCACUACGACAGCGACAAGAUGUUCCCUGCCCUUGGCUUCGGGGCCAAGCUGCCCCCAGACGGCAGGGUGUCCCACGAGUUCCCGCUGAACGGCAACCAAGAGAACCCCUCGUGCUGCGGCAUCGACGGCAUCCUGGAGGCGUACCACCGCAGCCUGCGCACCGUGCAGCUCUACGGCCCCACCAACUUCGCCCCCGUGGUCACCCACGUGGCCAGGAGCGCGGCGGCCGUGCAGGACGGCUCCCAGUACUCGGUGCUGCUCAUCAUCACGGACGGCGUCAUCUCGGACAUGGCGCAGACCAAGGAGGCCAUCGUCAACGCUGCCAAACUGCCCAUGUCCAUCAUCAUCGUCGGGGUGGGCCAGGCGGAGUUCGAUGCCAUGGUGGAGCUGGACGGGGACGACGUGCGGAUCUCCUCCCGGGGGAAGCUGGCUGAACGGGACAUCGUCCAGUUCGUGCCCUUCCGGGACUACGUGGACCGCACAGGCAACCACGUGCUGAGCAUGGCCCGCCUGGCCCGGGACGUGCUGGCCGAGAUCCCCGACCAGCUGGUGUCCUACAUGAAGGCACAGGGCAUCCGCCCGCGCCCCCCGCCCGCAGCGCCAGCACACUCACCCCCGCAGUCCCCAGCCCGCACGCCCCCUGCCUCCCCCCUGCACACACACAUCUGAACCUGCUCCACAGCAGGCCGCCGGCUGGGGCCUGGGGGCAGCCGGUGGAAUGGUGGGCGGAGUCCCCAGACUCCCCACAGACGGCCUGCCUGGACUUUGGGACAUCUGUGUGCCUGGGAGGCCGGCAGGGGACCACUGGAGACCCCCAUUCAAUUUCCUGGCCCCACUUACUGGCCAAACCCAGGGAGUUGGGGGGUACAGGUCUUGGAGGGGGUACAGGGUCUGGAUCCCAGCUCUUCUCUUCUUCCCCAACACCUGGCUCUAGCCCAGCCAGAGAGGUGUGAAAAAUAAUCGGGGUCCCUGGGGUCCCCAUCCCCCCAGGCAUCUCUACAUUGCUCACCUGUCCCUGAAGCCCGGGCUUGGCCUCCUCCGGCCCCUCCCCCAUCCAGUGGCGUCUGCUCCUGUCCCCGGCCCCCACCUCGUUAUCUAUCCGGUGCCCUAUUUCUUGUGACCUCUCCCAGGGACACUGUGUGCAGUGAGAGCCCUGUGGAGCCGUGGGGGCUGCGAGGGUGGACCCUGGGCCACAG